AUGUCGUCCAAACCCACUACAAAUGCAGCUAUGGACUUGUAUUAUUGUACUCAUAUUCAAACAUUUGCCAAAAUGGAACAACUUAUAAACAACAAUGGAUCAUCUUGGUCAGAACUGAUCAUCUACAACAACAGCAACGAUUUCAUAGUUGCGGCCGCCACCAUGUCGAUACUAAUCUUGGCCAUUUUUUGGCUCAAGUUGACAUUUUUUAGGUCCUCAUCACCAUCCAUGCCACCAGGUCCAUAUUUUUUGCCAAUUGUCGGGUACCUUCCAUUUCUAGGCCAUGAUGACUUACACAAACAGUUCACCAAAAUGGGCCAAACUUACGGCCCAAUAUUCAAAUUCAAUGUAGGAAGCAGGGUUCAUGUAAUCAUAAACACGCCCGAACUAGCAAGGGUUGUGGUUAGGGACCAAGACAAGAUUUUUGGCCAUCGCAAGCUCACGGUUGCUACCUCGGUAAUCACUUAUGGGGGUCAAGAGAUGGCGUUUUCCGAUAGCAGGUCCACUAAUCUUCGUAAGAUAUUCGUGUUUGAGGUCUUAAACAACAAAAACAUAGAAGCGUGUGCUUGUUUUAGAAGGGACGCGGUUAGAAAAACUGUCAAUGAUGUUUUUAGUAAAGUUGGAACUAGUUUAAACAUCGGCGAUGUUGCUUUUUCCACAGUUGCUAACGUUAUAACAAAUAUUGUUUGGGGAAAUAGUCGGUCGGAUAAAGGGGGAAACAAUGGUCUUCUUGGAGACGAGUUUCAAGCUGUAGCCGCAAAGAUUUUUGAGCUUAUUAGUAGGGUAAAUAUUUCGGAUUUGUUUCCUAGCCUUGCUUGGUUUGAUCUACAAGGUAUCAAACGAGAUACAAUGGUGCAACAUAAGAAGUUGGAUCAAAUUUUUGCAAACAUCAUGAAAGAGAGAAUUGAAUCUAACUCCAAAAAGCUAGAUGAUGGAAUUGAUAUCGAUGAGAAGAAAGAUUUCUUACAAAUCUUAUUAGAUCUUAAGGACAAGCAAGUGCUUAACUUACAUCAAAUAAAGGGCCUUAUUCUAGACAUUAUGCUCGGAGGAACAGAUACAACAACAACGUUGCUAGUAUGGGCAAUGACAGAGAUCGUUAGAAACGAAAACGUAAUGAAAAGGAUUCAAGCAGAAUUGGAAGAAGUUGUAGGAAUAAAUAACAUUGUUGAAGAGUCUCAUAUCCAAAAGCUACAAUACCUAGCUGCAACAAUUAAGGAGGUAUUGCGAUUACACCCAGUCGGGCCUCUCUUAUUCCCACGAGCACCAAGUGAGGAUUGUAUGGUGGGUGGAUACAUCGUUCCAAAGGGAUGUUUUGUAUCUAUGAAUUUUUGGGCAAUCCAUCGGAAUCCUCUAUAUUGGGACAAUCCUUUGGAGUUCAAUCCGGAAAGGUUCAUGUCAAAUGACAAGACAACCAAUUAUGAUUUAUUAGGAAACAAUUUACAGUUUGUCCCGUUUGGGUCAGGGAGAAGAAUGUGUCCUGGUCUUCAAUUGGCGGAUAAGAUGCAAAUGUAUAUCUUGGCUUCACUGUUGCACUCGUUCGACUGGAGGUUGCCUGAGGGCGAAAAGCAUGACCUCUCUGAAAAAUUUGGCAUUGCACUUAAGAAACUAAAACCACUUAUAGUUAUCCCAUCUCAAAGGUUGCCCAAUGCGAGUCUUUAUAUGUAA